AUGACCGUGACAAACCCAUUCUCCCAAUUGAACAUCAGAAAUCUUUUAGGACAAGCUAUAACUCUAUCUGUUCUUAUCCUUGCCGGCUAUUUACUACAAAACGAAAUAAAGAGGUAUCAAGGUAGAAUCAAACAUCUUCCGGGUCCGCUUGGUUGGCCUGUGGUUGGCAACCUUUUCCAGAACCAAAACCAAAUACCAGCAGAAACAUACCGAGUCUGGGCAAAGAAGUAUGGGCCCGUGUUUCAGAUACAGCUAGGAAAUACCACGGCUGUUGUCGUCAACACUGUAGAGUCUGCCAAACAGUUAUUUCUCGGACAACGCCAUGCGAUGAAUUCUCGACCAACCUUCUAUGUCUUCCAUGGAAAGGUCAGCAAAGCCGUUACAAGUAUCGGUACCAGCCCGUGGGACGACUCCUGUAAACGUCGCCGCAAGCUCGCAGCCGGGGCAUUGAAUCGUCCGCGGGUAGAAAGCUACGCACCUAUUUUAAAUAUGGAGGCACGAGAGUUUCUCAAAGAUCUAUACGAAGAAUGCUGUCGUGGUUCGGUGGAUCUCGACUUCCGUCCGGCUGUCAGGCGCUUUGCCCUCAAUCUCAGCCUAACGCUCAACUAUGGGACAAGAGCCUCCAAUGUCAAGUCCCUGGAGGAUGAUCCUCUAUUUUCCGAGAUCAUUUAUGUCGAAUCUGAGAUCUCAAAACUUCGCGACACAGGAAAGAACUACACUAACUACAUACCCUUGCUGCGAUACUGGGAGCCGAUUGCUAGUGUGUUAGGCUUACAGUCCACACCGAAGAAUCAUGCUGGGGACAUUGGCCGUCGAAGAUUGGAAUACAACGACGUACUACUUAGCCGAUUAAAGGACGAGAUUGGUCUGGGUAAAGACAAGCCCUGCAUUCAAGGUGCUGUUUUGAAAGAUCCUGAGGCGGCAACCCUUACGCGAGAGGAGUUAAUCAGUGUGAGCCUUAGUAUGAUGGCAGGCGCCGACUCGAACCAGCCUACCUUGGCUUGGGCUAUUCUUCUGCUUGCGCACCGCCCUGAUAUUCAAGACAAAGCAUAUGCCGCCAUCCAAGAUGCUGGUGUUCUACAGCAAUCAUCCAACACAUUUGCUUCUACAAAGAUUGACUACAUAGAUGCACUGACGAAAGAGAUCUCGAGAUACUUUGUCGUCUUGAGGCUCGCGCUACCAAAGGCGACAUACGCUGAUGCCACCUGGGAAUCCGCCACGAUUCCGGCCAACACUCUGGUUUUCUUGAACAGCUGGUCCUGCAACAGAGACCCUGAUCUAUUCAAGGAGCCUGGAGUAUUCGCCCCUGAGCGUUGGCUUCCAGAUGCACCGGAUCAAUACGCGCAUCAAUUCGCCUUCGGUAUGGGGGGAAGAAUGUGUGUAGCGUCUCACCUUGCACACAGUGCCUUGUACACAGCCUUUUUGCACUUGAUCGCCCGGUUCAAGAUCUUGCCUGCAGACGGUGAGGAUUCUGUGGAGAUCGAUCCGAUUAAAGGACUUGAUGGCCUCUCGUUUGUUGCCAAACCGAAAGGUUUUCAGGCCAAGUUCGUGCCAAGAUAUGGAACACGAUUAGACGGUUGGUUGAAAAGCCCUGAUGAGUGCUUGUAG